CCUCCCUCGGAGCUCAAAUGAAACCGGCAGUCUGGUAACUUCUAUCUUGAGUGACAGGAUCUUUUGAGGCUGUGGGACAGUUCCACACAGGACGUAUUGUGUCGCGGGAUUAAUUACUAGUCUGCAGUGAUGGGACCUUUGUAGCGAUGCUGGAUAAAAGCAUAUUAUUCUGUCAUUUAUUUCCGGUUAUCAAUCAGUUUCUCCGCCUCGUGCGAUGGAGCCUGAAGCGGGACGAGAUCUCUGGAGACCAAGGGGGGGUGUGUGAAAGUGGACGGACUGGCGUCAGUCAUGGAGCCCGAGCUGAACUGCAGCUCGCAGUGUGAUUCCUCCCUCUGCUUCAUCCACCCAGGAGUCAACAGGCAGGAGGGUCUGCACAUUCUGCAGAAACUAUGCACUCUCAGCCCGACGGCAGUGGAGCUCCCGAGGCGGGCUCUCUCUCCUGUGUUGAGCGCUGUGGUGUGGACGCUGCUCUCCUGCGGCAUCCUGCUGGCUUUCUGCUUCCUGCUCUUUACCCUGCGCUUCAAAAACAACAGGAUAGUGAAGAUGUCCAGUCCCAACCUGAAUGUCCUGACUCUCUUUGGGAGUGUCCUCGCCUACAGCAGCGGCUUCUUGUUCGCCGUGGGGGAACGGUCACAAGGCGGAGCCUCCACAGCUGUGCUGCAAGCACGGAUGUGGACUCUUUGUGUCGGAAGUAGUUUGAUGUUUGGCCCAAUUGUGGGAAAGACGUGGAGACUGUACAGGGUGUUCACCCAGCGGGUGCCCGACAAGAGAGUGAUCAUUCGAGACAUCCAGCUGAUGGGCUUGGUUGCUCUGUUGAUCCUGGUGGACAUGCUGGUUCUCACCACUUGGAACCUCACAGACCCGAUCAGGUGUUCACGAACCGUCAGAGCCGUCGUCAAGGUGGUGGAGAGAGACAUUUCCUACUGUUUGUCUCAGUUGGACACCUGCUCAUCUGUAUAUCCAGCUCUAUGGGUUGUCAUUAUUGCUCUUCAGAAGGUCGGUCUUCUCUUCUACGGGACUUAUUUAGCAGGGUUGACAAGCAACGUCAGCCAUCCUCCUGUCAACCAGUCUCCCACCAUCAUCACCACCGUCACUUUGGUCACCCUGUGUUCGGCUGUGGCCGUACCUGUGUCCAUCUUCCUGCAGGCCUGGCCCGACCUGGUGUACGUCACUGUGGCCGGAGCCAUUUUCAUCUGCACACUGGCUACCAACUGCAUGCUUUUCAUACCCCAGCUGACUCAGUGGCGGCAGUUUGAAGAGGACCAGAACAACCCGAGUCAGAUGGCAAAGUAUUUCAGCAGCCCCAGUAAGAGCCAGCCAUCAGUGUACAGCCAGGACGAGAUGUACUACAUCCUGGGGGAGAACAACUCCAUGAAAAAAAUCCUAACUGAGAAGAACGCUGUGAUUGACAGUCUGCAGGAGCAGGUGAACAACGCCAAGGGGAAACUCCUGCGACUGGUGUCAGCCAGCCAGCCGCCCGAGGACCAGCACCUCGACUCUGCCGACAGCAACCUCAACUCCACCUCCACUCAGACCACCGAGCUUCCGGCCGACGGCCCUGCUUCUUCUUCUUCUUCGUCUUCUUCUCCUCCUCUACCUCAGAGAGACACGAAAUCCCAACUCUCGCCACCGCAUCUCUACUCUCACCUCACAGCCUCUGCCGUCACGCCGUCCGCUGUGCCUCCCUCUGCUGCUGGCGCCUCGGCCCCUGUCGCUGCUGCCUCCCGUCUCCCCGGCGAUACGUAUGAAAGUGAGAACCCGAGAGGUGUCUCUGCCGCCGGGCUCCCGGGCAGAGAUCUCAAACAAGCCUCGCCCCUCACGUCCCCCGGCUCACUCAGGACGGCCGAAGAGACGGUUCACUUUGUCACUUCCCUACAAUCCCGUAGAGGGUUAAACCCUCCUCACUUAGAGACGUUUUACAAUCAGAGUGGCGUGCUUUCCCAGCUCGCACCAAAUGCCAGGCCAGCGGGUUUUGUUAGCAGUGAGCAGUUGAAGGAGAUCCUCCAGGAGCUGAGUGUGGAUGCAGUGAUGGAAUUUGCUCUUCGAUCCCCAGGUCCGAAGUCCGGAACGCCGUCUCGGCUGAAGUGUACCGACGCCUCGGCGCUGUCCCCCCUCUCCCUCCGCACGCCGCGCUCCCCGCACACACCUGUCUUCUUCCGCUACCCCAGCAUCUCCCCCUACGCGAUGAGGAAACGUCGGCCGCCCUUCCACCCCUCCAGGAAAGGGUUGGCCCCUCCAUGUUUCUGUGCAGGAUCCGAGGCUGCCGGCUGUGAAAAGAUAAGGGACAACUGGGGACAAGAACAUGCAGGGAAGCAUCGCGGCGGGAUCCCUGUGGACGGCCCCCUCUUCCAGGGUCACAAGCAUGACCUCCAGCUGGAGGAGGAGGAAGAGGAGAAGGAGGAAGGGAAGGAAGCGAUAAGGAAAGGUCAGAAGCGAAUUUCAAGGUCUCGCAGACUCUCGGUCUUGCCCUGUGCAGAUCACGCGGCUCCACCCGAUGUGGAGGCGGGUGGCGAUUACGAGCAGCGCCGCAGACGCAUUAGAGACUCCUGUGGCUACUGGGACUCCGACUCUAGCAGCUCAACGGACUACGGUUUCUACCACCGUCCGUACUGUGAGUCCUGCCUGCAGCGAGGCUCCCUCAUGUCAUCAGAAAGCUCCUCGGACUCCUCCGACAGCGAGUACGGAGGCUACAGCGGCCUGUACCGCUCCCCACACCCUGUGGUAUUCAAGGAAGACAUCAAACCCACCUUUGUGUGAGCACGGGGUUACUGCACUUUACAAAUCACUUGAGUUCAUGUCCGAAGAAACGUUGAACAAAAUGAGUAUGUGAGGUGUUCAUUGUGCGGUAAGCUAAUGUGCAUCUUUGAUUGGUGAUCAUCUGACUGUAGCUUCCAGGUGGACCAUGUUUGGGAUUCUGUAUGAAGAGAGCCCUGGUAUUCUUGAAUUUUGCAUUGCUGGAUUUUUUUUAUUCGAUUCUUUAAAACUUCAUUAGCUCACAAGCACAUGCGGUUUAAUCUGGUGUAUUACUUUGCUGUUUAAUUUGGUGUAUUACUUUUGGCCUUUCGUGUACACAAAAAAGGUCUCAGUCUGACAUUUAGAAAAAAGUAUAUGUGUCUUUCACAGGAUAGCUGAAAUGUGCAGUAUAUUAUCUAUUUUGUGUGUGCUGUAUUUAUUUUAAUAUUUAUAAUAAGAUCUGUUAAUGUAUACAGAAUUUCUUCUGUACCCUUUUUAUUGUUUUACAUUAUUUACACGUUAUCUUAAGUGUAUUCCAUUUUAUUGUGUGGUCAUCAUUUUGUUGUUGAAGCUUUGCGUGUUUCUCCUUCCUUUCCUAAAGUAAUAACGCUUUACAUUUGUUGUCAGAUUCUUUCAUAUCGACAUACAUCCCUUCAUUCUGCAUCUGCUUCGAUUUUAUAGAGUAUAGAUCUGUAGGCCCGGAAAGCUGGAGGCCGCGGGGCAGAAAUAAGUCCCUAGACCCCCCACUUUUGCAUCCCCUCAACCCGUGUCCCAGAAUCCUACAAACCAAUGGGCACCUUUCUGCUGUAGGUUUGGAAGUAACUAAUAGUAUUCCUUUAACGCAGAGAAGGGUUAGAGCAUUACUCUUCCUGAUUUCUAUAUUUCUCGUCACCGUCUUCGUCUCUCUCUCUCUCUCUCUCUCUCUCACUCUCCCCCAUUAUCUCCUCUCCGUCUCCAUAUGACUUUUCCUUCUGCUAAUGGGACAAUGUGUUUUUGCCCGAGGAGGUGUUGCUAUGAAGGCAAAACAGCAUCCUGCGUUACUUCUGCUCUGAUGCCUUUUUUUGAGAUGCUACUUGCUCGCUAUUCUGUAUAGGAACCAGUGAAGGGAAUCCUGGGAGAAAGUCCUUUGAAAUUAGAGUAUAAAUAACCCACCCAAAAGAAAGACCACCAGCAUCACUGUGCAGGAGGAAAGACGUUCCUGGAAAGUGAUCCGCCUUCUAUUCAAGAUGGGGAUAUCUGACGUAUCACGCAAAAUAGUUGUCAAUUGCAUUUCUUUUGUCCGCUACCUUAACAUGCAUUACAUAAUUAAUAAAAUAAUGACAUUAGUU